AUGCCCAACGCCAAGCGGAGUGGUGCGGCUCAACGGACCAAGAAAGCGUCAGUCGUCAGUUGUGGCCCCGUCUUUCACGCGCCAAACGACUCACGAGCGAGCACCCCCCCCAGCUCAAGUGUAGCCUCGUACGAGAUCACAGUCGAGGCACACACCGUGUAGUGCGAAGGAGUCUGCUCCAACGGUGCCGAGACUGAAUCUGCUCUGCCCGGUACUCGGCGGCAUAUCGUCUGAUCGAGUCAUCCCCGUUUGCACUCCCGCCGGCGAUCCCACCACCAUCAGCAACAUCUACUUGAUUUGAAGUCUUCGGAAUUGACUCUCUUCACCCUUGUUCCCACAGCGCGAAUGCCAAAGCCGCCGCCGCCGCAGGCACCUCGACCUCUUCCUCGACCACGAACGGGGCUUCGGCCUCGUCCUCCUCUUCACGUUUCGGUCACUCGGGCGAGUUCACCUUCUCUUCCCCGCCCCCACGCACCUCCAGAAAGAAUACCAACGGCGGCAAGAGCAGUCCUUCGGCGCAGAAGAGAGGGCAUCUGUCCCCCAUCGUGCUCUCGUCCGAUAGCGACGACGACGGCGACGACGACGACGACGACGACGACACCAGCAGCGAGGAAGAGGACGACAGCAACGACGCCAAAGAGGCCGACAGCGAUGUCGAUAUGGGCGACAGGGAGAAGCCUGAUCACGAGUUGACCGCCGAGGAGAAGCUCGUCAGGGCCGCGGAGAGGAAGGAGACUGGUAAUGAAUAUUGUACGUCGAGCGCAGUCAGAAUAGGGUUCCAGUUUAUUGACGUCUGUGGUUCCUCGAGGGUACAGACAAGAAGAAGGAUUACCCAACCGCGACGCGAUACUACUCUCAAGCCAUCUCGCUAGACCCGACGAACCCGACCUACCUCACCAACCGAGCCGCAUCCCGUAUGGAAUCGCGCGUCUACACUUCAGCGCUCGAGGACCUCCUCGCCGCCGCCGCUUUGCAAGCCAAGGAUCCGCAGGUCAAGACCUUGUUGCGAUUGGGCAAGUGCCAGACCGCUUUGGGGCUCGUCAGUCAGGCGCAGCAGACCUUGGACCAGGCGUUCAAGAUGGACUCGACGAACGUCGGCGUGCAGAACGAGCGCAAGAAGGUGGCCAGAAUCCAGAACGCCUUGGCCAACGUCAAGCGCGACCUGGAGAAGAAGGAUUGGUCCAUGGUCCUACUGGGUAUCGAUGCUGCCGCGAGGGAGGUUGAGGAAACGCCGAGAGAGUGGAGGACGUGGAAGGUCCAGGCAUUGGUGGGGAAGAAGCAGUACGACCAAGCUGCUGGGAUGGCCGCGUAAGUUCUGAUCUAUAUCCAAGUUGCUGAUGGUCAGGCGCUGAUAAUUUCGAUCCAAUACCUCCUUGCAGUGAUUUAUUGCGAGCGAACCAGAACCAGCCCGAAGCGCUGUACUACCGAGGGCUUUGCCUCUACUACGCCGGCAACCACCCCCAGGCGAUUGCUCAUUGCCAGCAAGCUUUGCGUAAUGAUCCCGAUUACGUUCUUGCUCGGUGAGGAGUUGCUCCGCCUCUUUCAUGUAUCACUUGCCCGGAACACCCCCCACUGAUGUGCACCGAGAGCAUCGCACAGAACACUGCUGCGCCAGGUCAAACUUGUGGAUUCGCUCAAGGAUGCGGGCAACGAAGCGUUCAAGUCGAACCGCCUCGACGAGGCCAUCGCCAAGUACAGCGAGGCGCUCGUUGUCGACCCGGAGAACGACGUGCUGCGCGCGACGCUGUUGUCGAACCGCGCGACGGCGCAGCUCAAGCUCAAGAAGUACGACGAGGCGUUGGGCGAUUGCGAGGCGUGUUUGACGCUGCAGCCGCAGUACUGGAAGGCGAUGAGGACCAAGGCCCGGAUCUGUCUUGCGCAAGAGGAAUGGGAAGGCGCCGUGCACGCUUUCAAGCAGGCCUACGAGAUCGCUCCUGCGGGAUCGAACGACGAGGCCGCGUUGAAGAGGGAAGUCGCUGAUGCGGAGGCCAAGUUGAAGAGGAGCAAGAUGAAGGACCAUUACAACACUUUGGGGAUCAGCUCGACCGCGUCCGAGGACGAGAUCAAGAAGGCGUACAGGAAGCAGUCGCUCAUUCACCACCCCGACAAGGGAGGGUCCGACGCGAGCUUCAAGGAAGUGGGCGAGGCGUACGCCAUCCUCAGUGAUCCACAGAGGAGGAGGAAGUUCGACAUGGGCAUCGACGAGAACGACCCUCAUGCUGGUCAUGGCGGCGGGGACGACUUUGGGUUCGGCGGCGGCGUCGAUCUUUCGGAUCUAUUCGGUGCUGCGGGUGGCUUCGGUGGAGGAGCUGGCUUUGGUGGAGGUGGACGACGACAGUACCAUUCUCAUCAGCAAUACGGGUUCUAG